UGUAAUAUAUUCUUAAUUACACUUUGAGACCUUAGAAGGCGUGGUUAUGCUUGCUUGCUCUAAUCAAUUUUAAUUUAGAUUUAUUAUUACAAUAAUUGUUGUACAUGUUAUAAUUGGUUAAAGUUUUAACUUGAAAGAGAUGGUGACAUAGAAUCAUGGGUGCAAGUACAUCUUCAUUAGAGCAAGACAUUGGUCCAGUCAAUGAGCAUUUUUAUGGUCUAGUUAAUUUUGGCAAUACCUGUUACUGCAACUCAGUGCUUCAGGCCUUAUAUUUUUGCAGACCGUUUCGUGAAAAAGUAUUGUCCUAUAAACCAUUGCACAAACGAAAGGAGAACCUGUUAACUUGUCUGGCUGAUCUAUUUAAUAAUAUUGCUACACAAAAAAGAAAAACAGGUGUUAUUGCACCAAAGAAAUUUGUUAGUAGACUUAGGAAGGAAAAUGAGUUAUUUGACAAUUACAUGCAACAAGAUGCACACGAAUUUUUAAACUACUUGCUCAACACCGUUGCUGAUCUUCUACAAAGUGACAAACAAAGAGAAAAAGAUAAAGAGCGUGAACGUCUAGAUAGUGCCAGUAGUGUGGGUAGCAAAACAAGUUCAAGCUCUGGUUAUUCCACGGCUACCUCCACUUCACAUUCAACCUAUGGAAACAAAAGUCAGCCUGAACCUACGUGGGUGCAUGAUAUAUUCGAAGGAAUUUUAACGAACGAAACGAGAUGCUUGUGCUGUGAAACUGUGAGCAGUAAGGAUGAGAAAUUUCUCGACAUAUCCGUUGACGUUGAACAAAAUACAUCUAUCACUUAUUGCCUGAAAAAUUUCUCCUGCACUGAAACUUUAUGUAGUGAACAAAAAUAUUUUUGUGAAGUUUGUGGAAGCAAACAGGAAGCUCAGAAGAGGAUGAAGGUGAAAAAGCUUCCACAAAUAUUAGCGUUGCAUUUGAAACGGUUUAAAUAUGUCGAACAACAACAACGCUUUACAAAACUUUCUCACCGAGUGACAUUUCCUCUUCAGUUAAGGUUAUUUAAUACGUCCGAUGAUGCAAUAAAUCACGAUCGAAUGUAUGAUCUAGCUGCAGUUGUUGUUCAUUGUGGAAGUGGACCCAAUCGUGGUCAUUAUAUCGCAAUUGUCAAGAGUCAUGGCUUCUGGUUGCUUUUUGAUGAUGAUAUAGUCGAAAAAAUCGAAGCUCGCUCUUUAGAGGAUUUCUUUGGAUUAACAACAGACGCACAGAAGAAUUCGGAAUGUGGAUAUAUUUUGUUUUACGAAUCAAAGAAGAUUCGAGAUAUGCACACCUUGUAACCUAACUUCCACACAUAGACAUGAUGUUUUCUGCUGAAGGCUUUUGUUUGUGGGAAUUUCUAUUUCGCAUAAGAAAUGAUCGGACAUCUAGAAAAUAUAGAUCAUAAAAUGUUGUAUAAUAAUUUGAAACAUUUUUUUAUUUUAAGAAUAUACUCAUAAUCAACAUG